CGCAUCUUACCGACUCGCGCAGGACCUACGAGUCUCUGCGCACCCAUUAUCUCCGCGCCAUACAGAAUCCAGACGAGUUCGAGUCAUCUGCAGACCCACUGACUGACAACGACGAGGUACAUACAUCUCUUCACGCGGCCCACCCGGAGUAUGCGGCAUGUUGACAAGUGCUAAGCCUUGAAAGUCCCCAUGGGAAGCCCUCCGAGCCGAUGAAACCCUCCGUGCGGAAAUCUUCCAAGACAUUGAGCGUUGUAUGCCAGACAAUGUAUACUUCCGGCAGCCUGCAACUCAAAAUAUGAUGCUGGACAUAUUGUUCGUGUGGUGCAAAAUGCACUCGAAAAUCGGGUACAGACAGGGCAUGCAUGAAAUACUGGCCCCAUUGCUUUGGGUAGUGGAGAGAGAUGCCAUAGAUAUGGCAGGCGCAAAGACCAGUGUCGUCGAUCACACGCUCGCAGACAUUCUGGACUCAAAAUUUAUUGAGCACGACUCACACACCUUGUUUUCGCUGAUCAUGCAGAAAGCCAAGCUGUUCUAUGCUCCGGCGGAGACAGGGUCGACAACGAAUGACACGCCCAUGCUUGCUCGGAGCUCGAAAAUCUUCGACAAGUACCUACCCAAAGUUGAUCCAGAGCUCUCAGCUCAUCUGGUGAAGCUCGAAAUCGUUCCUCAGAUAUUUCUUUUACGCUGGAUACGGCUUCUGUUUGGACGAGAAUUCUCACUGGAUUCCGUCUUCGACAUGUGGGAUGCAAUGUUCGCCAUCGAUUCCACGUUAGAAAUUGUUGAUAUGAUCUCAAUAGCCAUGCUCCUGCGGAUACGUUGGGAGUUGAUUGUAGCUGAUACAAACGAGGCCUUUUCACUUUUGUUGAGAUAUCCCGAGCCAACAGCGCCUGCCUAUUCUUUCAUCAAGGAUGCGUUGUAUCUGCGCGACCAUCUCACCCCACAAGGUGGCGCCGAGAUCAUCACACGAUAUGGAAAACAAGCACCUUUUGUCGAGUCUGAAGCAGCGACAGCCCAUGGUUCUGCUUCGCCUUCGCCAAACUCUACGUCAGGUCGAUCAAGACAGAGUGUGAGAUCCCCAGCGAGCUUUGUGGGGCAGCAAGGAGCCGGGAUUGAAGCCCUACUCCAGGGUGCCGCGAAGAACGUCCUAGAACGUGGGUCUCAAUGGGGCGUUGGAAAAGUCAUCCGGGAUGCUGUCGGUGAAGUGAAGAAGAAUGUUGAGGCUUAUCAGUCAGGCGCUUCUUCCGGACAGGUGACGCCAAGGUCAGGAGGAAGGGAAUUUCGAAAGCCCGCACAGCACGGCACGAGCGCAGACAGCAUGCGACCAGAAUUUCUACGAAUACAUUCGGAAAAUGCCAUUAGAAAGAUCGACGAGUUAGAGAGAAGGAAUAGAAGCUUAGCGAAGAUGUUGGAGACGGCUGUGGGCGAGCUUUGGGAGCAUCACAGGGAGCGGAAUGAAGAAUUCAAGACAAAGAAGGAUGGUGACCGGGGAAAGGAGGCCAUGGAGGUACUUAGUCUCGCCAUCGCAAAGGUGCAGUUUGUGCAGGUUUACUUGGAGGACUCCUCGAUUCCACUUCCUGUCGAAGAGUCGACUGAACAAGCAGCGACGGCAAGAGCAGCUGCAACACUCGCCUCUCCUCAACCGCAGCCACCUCCGUUGCCCGAGCCUACAACCAGCGCGCCUCCAGCACCGAGUUUUUCCAUAACUCCCUCUGAUUCCGCGAAUACCCAAGCAACGGCCAGUUCCACACCCCUUACGCCUGUGCCUUCGCCUCCGCCUGCGCCCGCUCCUGUGAUCAAGCCACAGAUGACAGCAAAUCUCGCACCAAGAUCACGGCCCCAACUGACAUCAUCCAAUUUCUCGUGGAUGCUAGGCGAAGACUCGGCAUCUUCGAAUUUCGCGUCCGGGACAGCACAUACGACUUUCUCAUCAGACGAGAAGAGGCGUAUGAAAGGCAAAGGUUUUCUUUUCGGAGACGAAGACGAAGGUGAAAGCAGCGCAAAGGAAGGGAAGAAAGGUGGUGUGAGCGGGAAGAACGGUUCCAAGGGCGGUUCCAAGGGUGGUUCCAAGAACGGGAAGAACGCAAAGGGAAAACAUGUGCCGGAGACUGAGGUCGAAGAGGAGAUAAUAGAUCUGGAGGACGUCGGGAAGAGGGGAGUGAUUUAGACAUAUAAGACAUACGAUACACGUUGGCGAGUAAGGAGCUGCAUGCAUACUCAUUGAUAGCAGCGCAAGGACCGAGUGGGUACGAUUGAAGUAGUAAAGGCAUGCGUUGUGUUUCUUAGUCUGAUUCACAGGUCAUCAUUCUGGUCUUUCCUCAGCAUGGAGACGGCACAUUCAGAGGCUUUAGCAAGAGCAAUGAUGUUUGAUAUCCAAGGAUUGAUUUUAUGUAUUCCUGGACCCCACAAACGAAUGUGCUGCUUAGAUGGUCUGUACACUUGGCGGUUGAUUGAAAGCUAUCGUUGCUGACGUCGCGCGGAGACUUGUGUCGUGAACAUUGGAUACGA